AUGGAAGACCUCCAAGCUAAACACCGCAAGGAACAGCGCGACCUCCAAGCCCGCAUCACCCAGAAGAAAAAAUCCGCAACCAAAAAAACCCGCAAGGGCGUCAAUGAUGAAUGUGAAAGUUGGCAGCGUGAGCUUUUGGAGCGCCAGCAAGCUGAAAUCGCGCAGUUAGAUGGCGACCCCCCUGCAGAAGAUCUCGAUGACUUGAAUAUCGCCGACGACAGCGAAGCUGCUGCAACCAGUGAUGGCCUAAGAGACGCGGACUCGAAGACUGCUUCACCCGCGCGUUCAACCACCCCUUCUUCGAGCACCCUUCCUUCACAAACCGGACCCAAAAAGCCCAGCAGGCAGAAAGCCCGUCUUGCCCGUCGCGCCGCGGAACGCGAAGCCGAUGCCGCUGCUGCCGCGUCGGAAGCCGCAAAUCAGGUUGAUCGCCGGAGCAAUGAAAAGGAAGCUAUGCAGGCUGUUUUUACGCGUUUGGCCCUCACGGAACGAGAUAUCGCUCCUGACGGACACUGUUUGUACUCAGCAGUCGCGACGCAGUUGGCUGAAGUCGGACUGGGAUUGAGGUCCGCGGGGUCGAAAAAUACCGAGGACCUUGGUGCUGAUGCGGGAGAACAAACUUCCACGUCCAAAGUUGAUGGGUACAAGUCUGUGAGGCAGGUGACGGGGAAGUACGUGCUGGCACAUGCGGAUGACUUUUCAGCAUUCAUUGAGGAGCCAUUAGACGAGUAUGCGCGGAAGAUCAUGUUCACUGCAGAAUGGGGUGGGCAGUUGGAGCUGCAGGCGAUGGCGAGGGCAUAUGGCGUGGAAAUCAACGUGAUCCAAGGUGACGGACGGAUUGAGAAGUUUGAGCCAGGUGAUACCAAUGACGAAGGCGAGAGGAAGAAAAUAUGGCUCGCAUAUUAUCGACAUUCCUACGGGCUUGGAGAGCAUUAUAAUGCUUUGUCCCAGGCGGCUUGA